AACCAUGAAACCAUUGAGUUUUAAGAACUACUUUUUGUAUUCAAAGACUUGACCUACAUUUGAAUCUUAUGACGUCACAACGGGAAAACCCUCGUGGAUGGUGUCUCCCCAUGUAGUACACGUAGACUAUCAUAUCAGCGGAAAACAAGUCAAAAUCCUAUCAAAAGUAUUUUAUCUGUGGAGACCAAAAAAUUUGGGAAACUCGGUAUGUCGUGGUUUCCUGAGCGAAGGACGCAGGACUCAUGGGUUCACAAGAUUUGCACAAGUGUUUUAAAGGCCGGACCUAUACCACAACACAUUGCAAUCAUAAUGGAUGGAAACAGAAGAUUUGCCAAGAAAAACAGCAUGGCUAAAGCUGAAGGACAUUUAAAAGGAUUUGAUAAACUUGCAGAAACGCUAGAAUGGUGUUUGAGUCUUGGUAUACUGGAGGUAACAGUUUAUGCAUUCAGUAUAGAAAACUUUAAAAGAUCCAAAGAUGAAGUAGAUUGCCUCAUGGAAUUGGCAAGACAAAAAUUUGCAAGACUUUUAGAAGAAAAAGAACUGAUUCAGAAACAUGAAGUAUGUGUCAGAGUUUUGGGAAAUGUUUCCUUACUUCCUGAAGAUGUGCAGCGGACUGUGGCUGAGGUCAUAAACCUAUCUAAAAAUAACACAAGGGCAACAUUGAACGUGUGUUUUUCAUACACAUCAAGAGACGAGAUCUGUACGGCUGUAAAGGAGAUGGCGGAGGGAGUUGAGAGUGGUGAAAUACUGGAGAGUGACAUAAGUGAGGAGAUGUUGGAGAGAUGUUUGUAUACAAACCGUUCUCGACAUCCUGAUUUGCUGAUUCGUACUUCCGGAGAAGUGCGCCUUAGUGACUUCCUGUUAUGGCAGAGUACAUUCAGCGUGCUGUCAUUCCUAGAGGUGCUAUGGCCAGAUUUUAGUAUCUGGCACCUGUAUGCAGCGGUUCUCCAUUAUCAGAGGAACUAUACAGCUGUAAAUAAUGCUAUAGAAGAGAACGACCAAGAAAAGAAAAGAUUACAGGCGGAAUCAGACAGACAGUGUGUACUUCAGGAGGAAAAGUGUAAAAAAUGUGACACUGAAUCGUGUAACCAUGGCAACUGUCCUCAUUCAAAUGACCUUAAACAAUUGACCUUUCAAGAAAAGGUCGAACAAUAUUCACAAGCAAGACAGAAAAGAGUGGAUAAUUUUUGUAAUAAUCUACAAAACAGAAGAGACAUGUUUUUCCAAGACUUGAAUGUGAAACAGAAAAGUUGAGAUACAGUUAGAAGAUCUAUAUUUGUUGUUUAUAAUCAGAUAUUUUAUAUUUAAAUCUACCAGUACCUUGCAGGAACAAGGUUGAAUACUUGUAGAUAGAAAAUUUAUAUACAACCCAUGACUUGUUUGGUUAUGCUACUAAAAGGUGUUAAGUUGUACGAGGACAUUAUUAGUUCGUCAACCCAAUGCAUUCUGUUUUCUGAGUUUUUAUUCUUGCCAAAAUCUAAAGAACUUUAGUGCUAGAACUGGUUCUUUAACUCUCUGUAUUAAAGAUUUGAUGAUUGUUACAUGAGUUAUGGCCCUUUUUUAGCUCACCUGUCACAAAGUGACAGGGUGAGCUUUUGUGAUCGCUUUUCGUCCGGCGUCCGGCCGUCGUCCGUCCGUCCGUCGUCCGUCCGUAAACUUUUACUUUAAAUGACAUCUCCUCAUAAACCACUGAGCCAAUUUCAUCCAAACUUCACAGGAAUGUUCCUUUGGUGGUCACCUUUAAAAAUUGUUCAAAGAAUUUAAUUCCAUGCAGAACUCUGGUUGCCAUGGCAACCAAAAGAAAAAACUUUAAAUAUCUUCUUUUAAAAAACCCAAAGAGCUAGAGCUUAGAUAUUUGGCAUGAAACAUCUUCUAGUGAGUGUCUACCAAGUUUGUUCUAAUAAAAGCCCUGGGGUCAAAAUUGGCCCCGCCCCAGGGGGUCAUUGAUUUUCCCUAUAUGCAUAUAGUAAAAACUUAAAAAAUCUUCUUUUAAAGAACCCAUAGAGCUAGAGCUAAGAUAUUUAGCAUGAAACAUCUUCUAAUGGGUGUCUACCAAGUUUGUUCAAAUAAAAGCCCUGGGGUCAAAAUUGGCCCCGCUCUAGGGGGUCAUUGAUUUUCCCUAAAUGCAUAUAGUAAAAACUUAAAAAAUCUUCUUUUAAAGAACCCAAAGAGCUAGAGCUAAGAUAUUUAGCAUGAAACAUGUUCUAAUGGGUGUCUACAAAGUUUGUUCAAAUAAAAGCCCUGGGGUCAAAAUUGGCCCCGCCCCGGGGGUCAUUGAUUUUUCUUAUUUGUGUAUAGCAAAAUUUUAAAAAAUCUUCUUUGAAAAAACCCAUAUAGCUAGAGUUUAGAUAUUAAGCAUGAAACAUCUUCUAGUGAGUGUCUACAAAGUUUGUUCAAAUAAAAGCCCUGGGGUCAAAAUUGGCCCCGCCCCAGGGAGUCAUUGAUUUUCCCUAAAUGCAUAUAGUAAAAACUUAAAAAAUCUUCUUUUAAAGAACCCAAAGAGCUAGAGCAAAGAUAUUUAGCAUGAAACAUGUUCUAAUGGAUGUCUACAAAGUUUGUUCAAAUAAAAGCUCUGGGGUCAAAAUUGGCCCCGCCCCGGGGGUCAUUGCUUUUCCUUAUAUGUGAAAGCAAAAUCUUUAAAAAUCUUCUUUGAAAAAACCCAUAUAGCUAGAGUUUAGAUAUAAAGCAUGAAACAUCUUCUAGUGAGUGUCUACCAAGUUUGUUCAAAUAAAAGCCCUGGGGUCAAAAUUGGCCCCGCCCCAGGGGGUCAUUGAUUUUCCCUAUAUGCAUAUAGUAAAAACUUAAAAAAAGCUUCUUUUAAAGAACCCAAAGAGCUAGAGCUAAGAUAUUUAGCAUGAAACAUGUUCUAAUGGGUGUCUACAAAGUUUGUUCAAAUAAAAGCCCUGGGGUCAAAAUUGGCCCCCGCCCCGCGGGUCAUUAAUUUUCCUUCUAUGUGUAUGGCAAAAACUUAAAAAUCUGCUUUGAAAAAACCCAAAUAGCUAGAGUUUAGAUAUUAAGAAUGAAACGUCUUCUAGUAUGUGUCUACAAAGUUUGUUCAAAUAAAAGCCCUUGGGUUAAAACUGGGCCCGCCCUAGAGGUGUCAUUGUUUUUAACUAUAUGUGUAUAAUAAAAACUUAAAAAAUCUUCUUUGAAAAAAACCCAAUGAGCUAGAGGUUAGAUUUUAAGCAGGAAACAUCUUUUUGUUGGUGUCUGCCAAGUUUGUCCAAAUAAAAGCCCUUGGGUUUAAAUUGGCCCUGCCAAAGGGGGGGGGGGGGAGGUCAUUGUUUUUCAUUAUAUGUGUGUAGUAAAAACUUAACAUCAUAAAACAUCUUCUAAUGGGUGUCUUCCAAGUUUGCUGGGGUUUAAACUGGCCCCGCUUCCGGGGGCCUAUAUACAGGUGAGCGACCUCAGGGCCAUCAUGGCCCUCUUGUUUAACUUGUUCUCAUAUUAUGGCUUAGAUAGUUCCUGAUUUAUACAAUAUUUACCUCCCUUACCAAAAAAGUGGCAGCCAUUAUGCAAUAUUCUGUAUAUUUGAUAAAAUAUGAAGAAAAAAAUUAUAUAAACGUAAUGUUGUAGCACCAGCAUCAAAAAGAUUUUUUUUUUCAUUUAAAUGAAAAUACUAGAAUUAUAAGAUUUUUGUCUUAUCUAAAGCUAACGAUAUGUUGUCAGUGACCCUCAAAAUGGCAGUCAGGGGAGGUAAACAUUGCAAUGUAAAAAGCAUCUAUUUAUUAUAUGUGUUAAAUUGAUGUUUCUGUGAAUUACCUCCCUUGUAUAUUUAAAUUGUAUUCUUGAUUUACUAACGGUAUUUUAGAAAUAGUUACUCUCCCAUAACUACUCUGUGUCAGUUCUCGGUGCAAAGUUUGUGUUGUGAAAAGAUGUUUUAAACUUGUAGAGUUUAUUUGUAUUGUUUAUGAAAUAAACAAAUAUUACAGAAUUAAA